AUGGUGCAGUUCACAGUUCUGUAUACAAUGCUUAUGUGCCUUUUAAAACGUUGUGUACAAGUGUAUGUAAUGUCUUUGUUAUCUUGCCGUAUCAAAUUUCUGCCUAUUUAUUUAUUUUGUCCCCUUUCCAACUCAGAAGGUAUUAAACAAGCAAAAAUGGCUUCUUGCAGAACUGGGCGGUUACCGAUGCCUGACGACCCACUUUUUAAUCCUAUUCAUAUGGCCAACUUCCGUUCGACGGCGCGCAUUGCCGGUGUGGGACUUCUGGGCGUCAUUUGGAUAAUGUACCAAAAACUUCACCAUUCGCAUCAUUAUAUUACCUACAAGGGGCCGGAAAACCCUUUCGCUCGCAUUCGUCACCGUAGGUUUCCUGGUGGUACUUUCGCCUUCGGGUGGGGUAAUAAUGGAUUGAACCGCGACUGCGGCCUAAAGGAAUGGGAGUGCUGGGCUGGGUACACUGGUAAAGAGUACACUUAUUAG